CUCUAGUUCUCGUUUUUGCAUUGCAUUGUGUUGUUUUUUUUACUUAGCGUAGCGGUAGCUGUUAUUAUAAUUUAUAUAUAACAGCCAACAGCAUCAAGAAAGAAUGGAUCAUCCAGAUUGGAGAAAUCAGUGUGAUGGGAAAGGGAAACCUACGCCUUUGGACCAGUUAUCAACUGCCAGCAAUUCCAGAGGGGAUUUGGAGCAUGAAGAGCAAGAGGUAGAAAUAGAAAUGUCAGAUUUCGAUUCUGUGGCUGAAACGGGACCAAUAAUGUCUGGUACUAGUCGACUUGAUCCCCAAACCCCUCCCAAGACUAGAAAUCUUAAACGACGUUGUUAUUUCAAUAAGGAAUGGCGAAAGAAGUUUUCAUGGAUAAAACCAGCAUCUAGUAACACUGAUGCAUAUUGCAAAAUUUGUUGCAACUCUUUUACAGUGAGUUUUAUGGGAAUAUCGGCUGUUAUCAAACACAGUCAAACCUCCUUGCAUACGAAGAAAUUAUCCGCAGGAACAAGAUCACAGCUUCUGGAUAAAUUUGUGGUAAAAAAAGACACAAAAGAGGAAUUAAAAAUUAUUUUAGCCGAAAUCUGUAAAAUUUACCAUACGGUAAAACAUAAUCAGUCUUACAAUGGAUUAGAUUGUUGUAUAAAGUUAGAUAAAAUUAUUUAUCCUGACUCAAGUAUUACGUCAAAAUUAUCAUGCGGACGAACCAAAAGCGAAAUGAUUGCAAAAAAUGUUUUAGGUAAAAAAGCUUUAGAUAAUGUUAUUGAAUUGGUAAACAAUCAUGUACUCCGUCUCUUUUUUACUGUUCAAUUAGAUGCAUCUAAUAGAAAAAAUAUUAAAUUGUUUCCAAUUUCAAUUCAAGUUUUUACCUUUAAAGACGGUUUGCAAAAUUAUUUGCUUCAUUUUUGUGAAAAUAGUGAUGAAUCCGCAGACGGAAUGUUCAUGAUGGCAGACAACUGUAUGAAAAUGUUAAAGCUUGAUUGGAACAAUGUUUCUUGUUUAAGCGCUGAUAAUACAAACUCCAAUUUUGGCAAACAUCACAGUCUUUAUACAAACAUGACUGCUGUUAACAAGCAUAAGGUAAAGCGAGGAGUUUGCGCGGUAGGAGUGAUUGCGCGGAUGUCAAACAGUGAAGAAAGAAAAGGAAAAUCGACCCUAUGUCCUAAGGUAGCGAAUGCGCAUUCUCUACAUACACGCCAUUGGAAUUCGUGCGCCGAACGAAGCAAGUGGUUGUUUAUUAUGGACUCUGAGCUGUGGAAGGUGUGAAGGUUAAGUGCGUGAAUUUUCAGACCAAUUGCUUAGAUUUUCCUAGGACAUAAUUUUGUGGAAGAGAAUUGCUAACCAGGUAAUUUCUGCACAAGCUCUAUAUGUAUACUAGCGUGUCAUGAGGUUUCAAGUUAAUGUCAAACAUUUUUGGCCUAUCACGUGGCCGCGCAAUCUCUCCUACCGAAUUAGGAGAGUUUGCUCAUUUCAAAUUAGGAGAGAUUGCGCGUGCUAUAUAUUUAAUACAGUGAGAGGAGAGUUUGCGCGACUCAUUUUACUUAUUAGGAGGCUAAUAUGAUGUUCUUUUUCUUCUAACUAGAUCAAAAUGCCAAACGUUUAUGUACGGAAGUCAAGUAAAGGGUCCUGGUCACAGGAGGAUCUACAACAAGCUAUCGGGGUCAUCGAAAAUGGGUUAUCCAUACGGUCAGCAGGCAAACAGUUCAAAAUUCCCGAGUCCACCUUAAGAAAUAGGUUAAAAAAGAAUUCUUUUGAAAAGAAAGGGAUGGGCCCAGAGGCACAACUAGGCAUUGAUGCCGAAAACAAAUUGUCUCUGCACAUAAAAAAACUUCAGGCCGUUGGAUUCGCACCAACACAACGAGAUGUAAGACACCUGGCGUUCAAUUUAGCAACAUCGUUGAAUAAGAAACACACUUUCAAUACGGAAACGAAGACAGCAGGAAAAGUUUGGUUUUCAUCUUUUAUGCGACGACAUCCUGAGUUAAGUGUCCGAAAAGCUCAAGGAAUAAGCAAAGCCAGGACAGAAGGAAUGAAUCGCGCUGAAAUAAAAAAUUAUUUCACUCUUUUGACUGAUAUUCUAACCGAGAAUGAUCUUUUAGACAAACCAGCUUGCAUAUGGAAUUGUGACGAAAUUGGAGUUCAGCUAAAUAACGAACCUGGUAAGGUUAUUGCAGCUAAAGGUAGCAAGGAUGUUCAUGUUAUCACGAGCGCGGAAAAGGGUGAAACAAUUACCGUUCUAGCUUGCUGCAGUGCAGAAGGGCAAUUUUUACCCCCUUACUGUAUUUUUAAAGGAGUCUACGCAAAAUCCCAACAUUUGAAGAGCGCACCACCUGGAACAGUAAUUAAAAUGAACAAAAAAAGCGCUUAUAUUACCACUGAACUAUUUAUGGAUUGGAUGACGCAACAUUUCAUUCCCCGAAAACCGACAGGUAAAAAUCUACUGGUACUUGAUGGCCAUGCUUCGCAUAUGAAUAGCGCAGAUAUGCUUCAAAUCGCCUCAGACAACGAUAUUAUCAUCGUUUGUUUACCGAGUCACACCACGCACUAUUUGCAACCUUUAGACCGGGUUGUAUUCAAACCUUUCAAAACCUAUUUCAAAGACGCAUGUGCAAAGAUGGUUUCUACUCGUCGUGGUACGGGGAAAAUUACAAGAGACGACUUCGGAGAACUUUUAAAUUUAGCUUGGUCUCGUUCUGCUACUGUGCAACUCGCCACUUCUUCGUUUCGAGCAACAGGUAUCUAUCCUUUAAAUAUGGAUGCUAUUCCUGAACAUGCAUAUUUGUUGUCGUGUGAUCAAGAUGCUCCUGUCACACCAGGAAUCGGAACACCCGAUCCCAUAUCUGCAACUGAUCAAACUCCAGUCACUCCCCCAAGCGCAAUUUCAUCAGAAGUGUCAUUCCUAGAUGAAGUUAACUCCCAACCUUCAACUUCUAAAGCCCGUUCCCCUGUAAAAACUUCAAAAGGAAACUCGCAACCAUUCUCCAAGACUUCACCUCAAAGUAAAAUGGCGACUUCACCGAAAUCUAAAAUAACACCAAACAAAGCUUUAGCAACAAUAUCACCUAUCCCUGCCAGUUUGGGGCAAUCGAAAGUGAAAAGAAAGAUAAGUGCAACAAAUGUGACUUCUCCUGAAUACAUUUCUAGCAAACAAAAAAAAAUUCAAGAAACGUUAAAAAAGAAAGAGGAUCAAGAAAGAAAGAAACAAGUUGCGACGUCGAAGAUCCAAAAAAUACCAAAAGGUAAAAAAAGGUUAAAACGUGAUUCUCCUCCAUCAACCUCGUCUGGUGAAGAAAGUGACCUAAUGGAACUUCUAUCAGAUACUGCCAUUGAAUCCGAGGACGAAGCAUGUGUUGAGUGCUUGGAGAUUUAUGCACAAACAACUUCGAAAUCGGACUGGAUAAAAUGCAUGUCAUGCAGUAGAUGGUUGCACGAGUCCUGCACAAUGUAUGUCAACAAGUGCUAUUACUGUGGCCGGAAAGAAAUCCGACAAAAGAACUUAAAGAAGUGAUUAACCUUUUGUUUUAAAUUUAAAGUUUUGUUUGAGUUAGUAAUUUUAGUUCGUUAUUAUGAAGAUAGUAUUUUAGUGUAUUCAAUAAUUAUAGUUAAGUAUAAGUAUGUAACCAUUGUACUUAUUCUGUUUAAAAAAUGUCAACAAAAUUUAUUUUAAGCAGAAAAACUCAAAUUUCUGCACACGCGCAGUCUCUCCUCACAUCAUGCGCAAACUAACCUACCUGGUUAAGAGAGAUGGCGAAAAAUCAUUCUUUUUUCAAAAUUUUGUUAUUCCGAAAAAAAGAAAGUUCAAAAGUUUUAAUAGUGAAUUGUGUAAGCGCAACAUAGCAAAGAUUAUAUUACAUUAGCUAUUUGGUAAAUUUUACAAAAAUCUUAAUUGUUAUAAAUUUUUUUCGAAUUGUGCGCAAACUCUCCUCGCUUUACCUUAUAUUAAAAGGUAACUGUCAUGCACACAUUAUUCAUAAUUGCGUUAAAUAUGCAAUGGAGUCUUUAGGAUUAGAUGUUGAAAAUUUAAUACUAAAAAUAUAUUCCCAUUUUUCAAUUUCUGCUAAACGCAGAGAAGAAUUAAAAUCAUUUUACGAUUUUGUAAAUUGCGAAUGGCGUGAAUUAAUUCGACACGUUGGAACUAGAUGGCUUUCAUUAAACCCAUGUAUUGAAAGAAUUUUGCAAAGUUAUUUAGCAUUAUGCAGUUAUUUUUUGAGUUUAGAAAAUUGUCCAUUACACAUUAAACGGUUACUAAAAAUUGAAACAAACUCUGAUAGUGUACCUGGUGAAAUAGAAAUUUAUUUACUUUUUUGUAAUCACAUUUUAAACGUUUUCCAAGAAACUAUUAAAGUACUAGAAUGUAACGAAACCACAUCUCUUGAUAUUUUUACGAUUAUGACGGAAUUGAAAAAAAAAAUUACAUCAAGAAUGGAAAAUCGGUUUUACGGAUUUGAAACAAAACAAAAAUUAAAACAACUGAAUAGUGAAAUACAAACUAAAUUACACGACGAAUUUAAUUUUUUUUUCAAAAGUCGCUUUAUUAUCUUGAAAAUCAUUUUGAUUUUUCUCAAGAAAGUUGGCUAGCGGAAAUUUCUCAUCUAAAUUUGAAAAGUGCGUUUCCCAAAUAUGAGGAUUUUGAAAAUAUUGUUGAAAAAAUAGCGAAUCCAAAUCUAGAUGUAAAUAUGGAUACAUUAUUUAAUGAAGUUUCAUUAAUUUCUGAAAAUUUCGUACUUAUUUUACAAAGUCCAGAUUUUUCUAACCUAAAUACUGCUACUAAAUGGAAAAAAAUUUUUAAUGAAGUAGGAAUUGAGAAUUCAAGAAAUAUAUUUUCUAUUGUGUCAUUUCUUCUUAGCAUACCUGCCAGUUCAGCAUUUUCAGAGAGAUGUUUCUCUGUUAUGAAUGUGAAAUGGAGAGAUGAAAGAAACAGGUGUUCUGUUGAUUUAAUUCGCGCAGAACUAUUAAUAUAUUUUAAUUUUAAGUACAACUGCGAACAAUUUUAUGAAUACGCCAAAAAUGAUAGUAACCUCUUAAUAGCUGCUAAAGGAAACGAAAAAUAUACAUUUAAAUUUAAGUAAACAUGAAAAUAAAGUUU